AUGCAGACAGAGGACUUGGUGCUGGGCAGAAUCAAAACAGUCGCGAAGUUCUACUUGGAUGUAUGCCUCCCACAUGGAGAAAUCGGGAGGGUAAAUAUUUAUGAUAUUAGUAGCAGCUACUCCGCGUUGGUGAAGAAAAUGGUUGAUUCAGGCGAGAUUGAUGAUAGUGUGACAGCUUUGGAAGAUCUUUUCCACACUGGGCAGCUAGUACGGUGUUAUGUGAAAAAAGCCGUUCCGAGUGUCCAGUCUUCUCAGGCUUCUGAUCAUUCGAAGCACUUGUCGGAAUUGUCUCUUUUCCCUGAAUUGGUCAAUAAGGGGAUCACGAGGAAGCAUAUAAGGGCGCGAACCCAUAUUUCUGGAUCUGUUGAUACCGAAGAAGACCACGGAUACACUAUUGGGACAGGGAUUCAGGGGCUGAGUUGUUUCCUUCCGAAGUCACUCACCACAGAAAAGGUAUAUUUAGGUUCUGUGAUGACCUUCUAUCCGGUUGUCUCGGACAAUAUCACUUUUCUUACAUCCGACACGAUGCGUGUCCUCAGGGUGACCACUCAGCUAGACAAUCCUUCAGACCUUGUGUUGGACCCAGCCGCACCCGUUCAUUUCGGAUGUUUGACUCCGGGCACUUGGCUGCGUGCUACCGUACACAAAAAAGUGGGGUCAACCCUUGUUGCCAAGUUUUCGGACUAUCUUAUAUCCAUUAACCGCGCCCACUACAGAGGCUCUGAGGACGAGUACAGAAUAGGCAUGGAAGUACUCGUUUGCUUGAUCUUAGUCGAUCCGGGGACGAAACAACUGACCGGUUCGUUGUUGCCCCAUUUACUUCCGUCUUCGUUUCUUCACACAUCCUCUUGCACCACUAUAUGUAAGCAACUGCCGAUCGGUAUGCGGUUGGGUAAUGCUGUCAUCGAACGCGUUGAUAAACGGACAAUACAUCUUUCAGUCCCGGGUUCGGAGACCCUACAAGCUGUUGUCCGGAGAGCCCAGCUACCGACCAAAUUGGCAGUCGAAAACCUCAAAUCCAAAUUCGCCCCUGGUCAAAAGGUGACCUGCCGUGUGAUCGACCAUGACCUGUUGGAGGACGUUGCGAUUGCCACAAUGAAAAAGAAACUCCUACAACUACCUUUUCUGUCAAUCGAAGAAUUGUCCCCUGGAGACUUAAUAAGCGCCGUUGUGAACCGCUUCACGAAAACUGGCGUUGUUGUUCGUGCGGAGGACAGACUCAAUGGGCUGAUACCUUAUCUACAUCUUGCAGAUAUACCGUUGAAGCGUCCGGCGGAGAAAUUCCAACGUGGGCAGAAAAUUGAUUGUCGCGUUCUUACUCUGGACAAGGGAGCAAACAAAUUGAUUCUGACAGCAAAACGUGGACUGGUUGACGCGUCAUGUCCUCUGCUCGGAAGCAAAGAAAUGUUCGAUUGGGUUCAGCGUGGUGUAAAAGAUCAGACAUUGUUCGCUGCGUUUGUGGUAAAGAUCAGCGAACGGGGUUUGCUACUGUCUGGAUUGGGUGAACUGCGAGCAUGGCUACCCAGGCGUGAGACAGGCCUUGCGCCGGAGGAUGUGCUAGAAGCUACUUAUUUUCGAGGGCAAGUUCUUCGCGUGCGCAUUGUCCACGCUCUGAAUGACAGUUCGCAGGAUGGUGGUAAGGAAACUUCCGAGCCCAACAGAUCACGUUCGAAGUUUCUUGUCUCCCUCAAGUUAAAAGGCAAAAAUGAGCCUUCGACAAAGCAGCGGAAAACACAACUGAGUUCCGUUUACGUCGGUCAAGUUUUUAACGCCAAGGUUCGUAAAGUUCAAAACACCGGCCUUCACGUCGAUUUGUUUCCUACAGACAACACUUCCAAAGAUCCAUCUAUGUGGUCAGGAUCAGUGGGGUCUGGCUUUCUAGCUUUUGAUCACCUAUCUGAUUUUGAAAGUAACUGUGCCCUGUUCGCACAGUUCAUGACACGAUUGAAACCUGGGGCGGUGUUGGAUCUGGACCGAUCGGGACCACGUUCCGUCGUCGUCAUCAACAAGGCCUCUUCCACAGUAAUUGUCUCCGCACGUCCAAGUCUUUUGAGGGCUGCUUCCAACCAUCAACUCGCGGAAUCAGAUGCGGAGAAUAAAAACGUCGUCGAUAUACAUACCGGAUUUGUUAGUGAUUUUAACGAUUUGAGGGUCGGCACCCAGUGGUUUGCUUGGGUAGUAAAUCACGUUGAUUACGGCAUUUUCGUGCAGUUUCCUUCUGGUAUUCGCGGUCUGGCCCCCGUGCGUCUUUUGACGGACACUCGUAUUCCCAAACACGUUGCACUGACUAGCCUGUUUCCUACGGGCGCGACUGUCAUCGCUAAAGUUGUCGAACUGGCAUCGUCCGAAAAACGUCGCUGUCUAGUCACUCUGAGAAUGCUGGAUACUUAUUUUGCCGAAGAACACUACGUUGAUAUUGCGAUCCGGUCGCUGGAGAGCUGCAUAAUGGAGUUGGAGUGGUUGUCCCGUCGACAGCAUCUGUUAUCUAGUUUUCGCAUUGGGGAUCUAAUCGAAUUUCAAGCCGAAGCAUUGGAUACGAUAAUAGUUAGUGGCCAAGUUUCGAGACUCAAGGCAGACAAGGUCGGCAAACACCCGAUUCCCGCGAUUGCGUAUCUCGCCAACGCAGAUGGCAUUGAAUGCGUCCCGGGUAAAACCUACGCUGGAGUCGUCUCUUUUAUUGAUCCUACUGCUGAACGUCUCGAGGUCGCAUUGUCUACUUGGUUGGUAAACUCUGUGAGGAAUCGAAAGAAUAAUGCUGCUUCUACUCCACGUUUGGGACAGAAAGUUUCGUCGAUAACAAUCGCGUUUCGGAGUCGCACUAUAGCGGUGGCUGCAUUACGUGGGCACGCCUCUGGUUGCUUUGGGAUUCUGCCCGCCAGACGAACCUUCAAUGAUGUUUUGGGUGGGAACGCGUGGGCAGUUGGUCAACGCAAUGAUGUCACUUUGCGCCAGAUUUUCAGCGAUGAAGGGACCACCCCAUCUGUCCACCUGUGUACUUUGGCCAUUUACGAUCCAAUCACCAAUCCGCCCGCGCGCCGCUCCUUAUCUUUGAAAUCAAAAAGUGUAGUCCCUUCACAAGAAGAUUACUCCAGCACAGAUUUACUUGUGGACCUUGUGGAGGGCCAACAGCUUUCAGGCCUUCGAUUUGACCGCUUGGUUGGAAAUAUUGCUUUCUUCCAGCUUUCAGACUCCAAACAUCAAGUUGUUUUCUGUCAUCUGGUAAACAUCGCCCAAACAGCCAAAGCAGUCCGCGCUUUUCAACUUCAUCCACCCCCCGUUGGGACGGUAAUGCCACACACUGCAACGGUGUUACAUACAAGCGCACAAGAUCAACGCCAUAGUUCGAACAGGCGGGGACCAUUGAGUGCACGUUUGCCGGAAAUUUCGUUCUUGGAAAAACCUCAGGUCUCAGUUGGAGACUUGGUAUGUGCCCAGUUGAUUCAAGUGCAUCAAGAUUACUGGGCAGUUCAUCUUCCCGGCGGUGCCCGGGGUCGCAUACACGUUACCGCCAUGUUGCACUCCAAAACACCCCAGCCGCUUGACCUUGCAGCUAAGACAAACACCGGCAAUCAGGCCAGGCAGCCGAAUCCGUCGCUAGCUACCCGAAAAGACCUUGGCACCGGGUUGAAGAAAGGUCGUCUGAUCACGUGCCGUAUCAUCGACAAAUUGGAGAACCAAUCGAAAGAUGUAGACUCUACAGUUCGCACUCCUCUGUACUAUGUUUCAACGAAACCGGAUGUUGUUAGGGGUGGAGUCGAAUGUUGGAGUAAGCGAACGCCCACCCUCAAUUCAGCUGCAGAAGCUUUCAUCAAAAUACGGUCACCGAAUGGACUGCUUGAGCGUCUUCGCCUUGCUGAAGUCCGUUUUCGUGUUGGUGACCACCUUUGUGUGCGACCACUCAGGAUGAUCGAAAAUCAGCUAGUUGGAGAGUUGGUACUUAGUGAACCAUUGGAAGAAGCAACUACUUCAGAUGACUAUUCAUAUCUGUUAGCCUCAGCCACGCAGGAACUGCUCCAGAUAAUCAACGAGAAAAGAAAUAAACUACAGAAGCACACAGAUGCAUUCAAAGAAUCCUUAAAACCAGUGGAACUGACGAUUUACGACAGUUCAAAGUCUCCCGAACCUAGUUAUUCGUCCCAGUCGGAAAAACCGGGAUCCAAGCGCCACUUACCUGCACAAUCACUGGUGAUUGGAUCGCCUAAAAGGGCUCGAUCUUCAAAACGAUCGGUGUCUGAAUCUGAUUCGCCUGGAAUGAAGCGUCCUCGCGCAGAAUACGACGACAAGCAGACCCAGCCAGCGAAGAAACCGAAAGAAGCCGAGGACCUUCGUACCGAAGCCGUUGUCAACAAUUGGGACAUUGGUGAUCCGAUCGUACUUCGGAAGUAUGCGGAUUUUAUCCUUCCACUUGACUUCGAAUCAUCCGAGAAAGUCGCAAACUCUACAAAACCGGUCUCUUCCGAAGGUCAAAAGCCAAAAUCUAAAGAGAAUGCCGUAAAAGAAAACUCAGCUGCAGCUGAAUGGCGACUGCGAGAGAAGGAAAUACGCAAAGCCAUGCUAGCUGCACUGACGGUCGAGGAGCAGUGUUUACCCAAGGGUAGUUUGCGGCCCACAACCACAGAAGAAUAUGAACUAGCUGUGCGCAAUGCGCCUUCAAACGCGACGUGCUGGACAGCCUACAUGAAACAUGUAUUGUCCGGGUCCGAGCUCCACUGUCUGACGGAGGCACGUGCCAUAGCCGAACGAGGUCUUCGUGCUAUUACCAGUUCAGCUGGUCUUGAACCAGGUGAGCAGGACACACAACAAGCCCGGCUACUUAGUUUCUAUCUGGUUAUGGAAGCCAAGGAAUUGGAGCGCUGCAUCCAGCAACAGGAGCAGAUGACUUCCCUGACCGGAUCGGAUCCCGUUUUGGAGACAAGUGAACAGGCCAGUCGUCUCUCGCAGGUUCUUUCUCGUCUGGUAAAUCUGGACCAAUCGUCAUUUACUCGACGAGCCAUCGAUAUUCUGGCUGAUAUUGGACAGUUUGAACGUGCUGAAGAUCUUGCGCGCCGCCUCAUCAAGUCUUCUCCUGGAGAAGUGGACAGGUGGCUGUCUUUGGUCAAAGUCCGAUUCCGUGCAGGUCGUGUUGCCGCUGCUCGGGAAGCUCAACGGAAUGCAGUUAAUAUCCUGCGUUCUGUUCACCUACCACGCUUCCUUACGUGUUCCGCUCGACUAGAGUUUGAAUUCGGCGAUGCUGAUCGAGCCAUCGGUUUGUUCCGCGAGCAGUUGGUAGCCCAUCCCAAGCAGAAGAUUGUCUAUGAGGAGUUUAUCAAACUGUUGUUGCUUGCCGGAAAGUCUAAAGAAGCCAGAUCCAUCAGAAUGAAAGCUACUGAAUCUCUGAAGCCACAUGAAUGUGAGUCUCUGGACGAGCUGUUCAACAGUGAACCAGAAAAACAGCCUGAUUUACCGUGAUAUCUUUUUGAGUGAACUUGAAAAUUUCUAUGGAACCCUUCGAUUUAAAAUACACCUUCCCA